AUGUUUAACAAUGAUGUACAAACACCAUCUACUAACAAUUGGAAACGGAAUACUAAUGAGCAUCCAAUUGAUCGAAUACUUACAGCUUAUUUUCAUACAAAUAAACAGAUAAGAAAUUCUCAAUCAAAUACUCGAUCAAACAAUUAUAAAUCAGAAACAAGCCAUAUUAUGCAACGUCAACGAGUUAUACGUUCAUUUUUAAAUAAACCAGAUGAAACUGAAUCAUCUAUUCAAAAACCACCAGCAUGCGCUAUUAAAUCCAAAACUUUACCAACAACAUCUAUUUCAUCUCCACAUUUAUUAUUUGCUGAAUUAAAUGAACAAUCAACAAAUAAUAAUAAUAAUAAUCGUUCACAAACAAUAAAAAAAGAACUUGAACGACAAUCACCUAUAUUAAUUCGUCAUAAUCGUUCGACUAUAGAACAUGCUUCUCCUAUUCAAUUAAAGUCAGAUGUAGCAAAUGUUUCUGGACAUAAUUUAUUAUUAACAAUUCCACCAAAUUUUAUAUUUCGAAAUAAAGUAUCACAGGCAUUUGUAUCGGAUAGAUCAUCACUUAAAAUAAAUAAUCGAAUUGCUACACCACAUAUAAAAUCAUUAAAUUAUUCUAAAACAAUUAGUGAAAAUACUCUUAAACCAAUUAUAUUAAAUUCAAAAUUAAUUCAUCAAAAUAAUUUUCUUCCAAUGCAUAAAUGGACACCAAAAUUCCCAGAACAAGGACUUAUUCAUAAUCGAACAGUAAAUAAUAUAUAUCAUCCAAAAUCACAUUUACCAAGAUAUUUUAUAAAACGUCAUUGUCAUUCAUUACAAUCUGAAAGAAUAAAUACUAAUACAAAAAUAAAUAAUAUUCAAAAUUUAUAUAUUUCACCACGAUCAUUAAAUAAUCCACAUAAUGAAUCAGAAAUAAAAAAGAAACAACGUCAAAAAAAAUUAAUUGUUGAUGAAUGGGACGAUCCUAAAUGGAGCCAUAGUGGUAUAUCCGAUGAAGAUGAAUCGAUUAGUGUUGAUGGAAAUAGUUCAACAUCAACAUGUACAUCUCAAAUUAGUGUUCAACAAUAUGAUAAUACAUUAUCUUCAAUUGCUGGUCUAUCUGAUCAACAUGAAACAUUCUUAUCUUCUAACUUAUCUGUUGAUAGUUCAAAAUCAAAAACUCAACGUCCACCAACCAAAAGAAGCAUAUCACGACGACGUACAUAUAAUAUUGCUCUACCACCUGUUGCUGAACAUAUUAAUGACGAAGAAACAGAAUCUAUUAAUAAUAUUCAUACAGAUGAUAUGAAGAAAAUACUUGAAAAACUCUAUGCUCUACAAAACAAUAAUUUCAAUGAAAAAAAUUUCGAACGAUCAAUUGAUGAUGAACAUAGUUUAACAUUUCAAUUAUUAAAUCAACAAGAAACAGAAUUUGAAAAACAAUUAUCGAAAUUUAAAAAAAGUCGAAUUUAA